AUGGCAGAUUCCGAAACACCCACAGUCGUUCAUGCCGACCCCAAUGAGACCGGUGUCUACGAGAUCGAGAGUCUAUGCAUGAAUUGUCGCGAUGAGGGCAUAACAAGGAUCCUUCCUAUUAAAAUCCCGUAUUUCAAAGAGAUCCUUCUCGAGUCUUUCUCCUGCGAUCACUGCGGCUGGAAGAACAACACCGUCAAAAGCGCCGGACAAAUCCAAGAGAAGGGAGCAAAGUUUAUUUUCAGGUUAGACAACAUGGCCGACUUUCAGAGACAGAUUGUUCGCGGCGAUACGGGCGUUUUCCGCAUUGAAGACCUAGGUCUCGAGACGCCGCCUGCUCCAGGCCAAUUCACGAACCUCGAAGGCAUGAUCACGAAGAUCAAAACGGAUUUGGAGAGUGAUCAACCUGCUAGGAAGGAGGUGAAUCCUGCGCUCUACAACUCCUUAGAAACAGUCAUUCAAAAGCUGGGCAGUAUGCUACAAGGCAACAGUUUCCCGUUCACCGUUUCGGUCGACGAUAUAUCGGGAAACUCGUUUAUCGAACCUUCUCCAGACGACAAGGGCUCGAAAUAUUCUCGGACUGACUAUCUCCGAAGCCACGAACAGAACGUGCAGCUGGGUCUAGUGGUGGAUGAUGAGGAAACACAAGACAACGGUGGGAUGGAAGGCGUCGAUAUUGUUGACAAUGAAGUUUACGAACUACACGCCGAGUGCCCUGCUUGUGGAAAGCCCUGCACGGUCAACAUGAAAAAGACCAACAUUCCGCAUUUCAAGGAGGUCAUCAUCAUGGCGACGGUCUGUGAACACUGUGGCUUCAGGACCAGUGAUGUCAAAACCGGCGGUGCAAUACCAGAUAAAGGAAAACGCAUCACGCUGGACGUCAAGACGAUCGAGGACAUGUCCAGGGAUAUCUUAAAAUCAGAGUCCUGCGCUCUAAAAAGUCAGGACCUCGGGUUGGAAGUCCAACCCGGCACGCUUGGAGGCCGUUUCACUACUGUCGAGGGACUUCUCACCCAAGUGCGUGAUCAGCUUCAUAGUCAGAUUUUUGACGUUGGAGAUGCAGACCUUGCGGGAGGAGAUUCAAUGACAACAGACACGCGGUCGAGGUGGGACAACUUUUUCGCCAAACUCGACGCCGCGAUCGCAGCCAAAUUCCCCUUUUCCAUUACCCUUGAGGAUCCUCUGGCAAACUCAUUUGUGCAAUUGAAUGCGGAUCCCGGCAAAGAUCCACAGGUCAAGGUCGAGGAGUACGAGCGAACGGACGAGGAAAUGGAGGAGCUAGGCCUGAAAGAUAUGAAAACCGAGGGAUAUGAGAAGGAAGGCCAACAACCAUGA